GGGGGCGGCGGGGAGGAGUCUGGCCCCGGCUGUGCGCCUCUCUAUUGAUGGAUGGAUGAGUGCCGGGCGGGCGUGAGUGUGCGGCCGAGCCUGUGUGUGCGUGUGCGCGCGCGCGGGGCCGGCCCAUUUUCCUGCUCAGUCGGGAGCUGCAGGGAGGGCGCGAGGGAGCCGCCGAGAGCCCCGCGCGCAGCCGAGCCCCGCGCGUCCGCCCUCCGCGCGCGCGCGCGCAUACACACACACACACACGCACACACACACGCACACACACACACGCACACACACACACACGGGCGCCGUCGCGGGCCCGCAGCAGGUCCCCGUCCCCGCCCGCCCGGGGGCUCGGCCGCGGGCGCGCACCUGGAGCGGCCCCGCACGGGCAUGGUAAGCGGCCGCCGCCGCCCGGCUGGCCUGCGGGACGCGGACAGGGCGCCAUGGCGCUGACCACCCGGCGGGGACCCUCGGCCGGGCCGCUCGGCUCACCCCAGCUCUGGCUGCUGCUGUGGACCGCCGCGUGGCGCCUGGGGGCCACGGCGUGCCCCGCCCUCUGCACCUGCACCGGCACCACGGUGGACUGUCACGGCGCGGGGCUCCGCGCCAUCCCCAAGAACAUCCCCCGGAACACCGAGCGCCUGGAACUCAACGGCAACAAUAUCACCCGGAUCCACAAGAAUGACUUCGCCGGGCUCAAGCAGCUGCGCGUGCUGCAGCUGAUGGAGAACCAGAUCGGUGUGGUGGAAAGGGGGGCUUUUGACGACAUGAAGGAACUGGAGCGGCUACGGCUGAACCGGAACCAGCUGCAGGUGUUACCAGAGCUGCUGUUCCAGCAUAACCAGGCUCUGUCCAGACUGGACUUGAGUGAAAACACCAUCCAGGCCAUCCCCAGGAAAGCUUUCCGCGGAGCUACGGACCUCAAGAACCUACAGCUGGACAAGAACCACAUCAGCUGCAUCGAGGAAGGCGCCUUCCGGGCUCUGCGCGGGCUGGAGGUGCUGACCCUGAACAACAACAACGUCACGUCCAUCCCCGUGUCCAGCUUCAACCACAUGCCCAAGCUGCGCACCUUCCGCCUGCACUCCAACCACCUGUUCUGUGACUGCCACCUGGCCUGGCUCUCCCAGUGGCUGCGGCAGCGGCCCACCAUUGGGCUCUUCACACAGUGCUCGGGGCCUGCUGCCCUGCGCGGCCUCAAUGUGGCCGAGGUCCAGAAGAGCGAGUUUAGCUGCUCAGGGCAGGGCGAGGCCGGGCGCCCGCCGUCCUGCACCCUGUCCUCCGGCUCCUGCCCGGCCAUGUGCACGUGCAGCAGCGGCAUCGUGGACUGCCGUGGGAAGGGCCUCACCGCCAUCCCCGCCAACCUGCCCGAGACCAUGACGGAGAUCCGCCUGGAACUCAACGGGAUCAAGUCCAUCCCACCUGGAGCCUUCUCUCCCUACAGGAAGCUGCGGCGGAUAGACCUGAGCAACAACCAGAUCUCAGAGAUGGCGCCUGACGCCUUCCAGGGCCUCCGCUCCCUGAACUCGCUGGUCCUCUAUGGAAACAAGAUCACAGACUUGCCCCGGGGCGUGUUUGGCGGCCUGUACACCUUACAGCUCCUGCUUUUAAAUGCCAACAAGAUCAACUGCAUCCGGCCCGAUGCCUUCCAGGACCUGCAGAACCUCUCUCUGCUCUCCCUGUACGACAACAAGAUCCAGAGUCUGGCCAAGGGCACCUUUACCUCCCUGAGGGCCAUCCAGACCCUGCACUUGGCCCAGAACCCCUUCAUCUGCGACUGCAACCUGAAGUGGCUGGCGGACUUCCUGCGCACCAACCCCGUGGAGACGAGCGGGGCGCGCUGCGCCAGCCCCCGGCGCCUGGCCAACAAGCGCAUCGGGCAGAUCAAGAGCAAGAAGUUCCGCUGCUCAGCCAAAGAGCAGUACUUCAUCCCAGGCACAGAGGAUUACCAGCUCAACAGCGAGUGCACCAGCGACGUGGUCUGUCCCCACAAGUGCCGCUGCGAGAACAGCGUGGCCGAGUGCUCCAGCCUGAGGCUGACCAAGAUCCCCGAGCGCGUCCCCCAGGCCACGGCCGAGCUACGAUUAAACAACAAUGAGAUUUCCAUCCUGGAGGCCACUGGGAUGUUUAAAAAACUAACACAUCUAAAGAAAAUCAACCUGAGCAACAACAAGCUGUCGGAAAUCGAGGACGGGGCCUUUGAGGGCGCGGCAUCCGUGAGCGAGCUGCACCUGACCGCCAACCAGCUGGAGUCCAUCCGGAGCGGCAUGUUCCGGGGCCUGGACGGCCUGAGGACGCUGAUGCUGAGGACCAACCGCAUCAGCUGCAUCCACAACGACAGCUUCACCGGCCUGCGCAACGUGCGGCUUCUCUCGCUCUACGACAACCAGAUCGUCACCAUCGCCCCGGGCGCCUUCGACACCCUGCAGGCCCUCUCCACGCUAAACCUCCUGGCCAACCCUUUCAACUGCGACUGCCAGCUGGCCUGGCUGGGCGACUGGCUGCGCAAGAGGAAGAUCGUGACCGGGAACCCGCGAUGCCAGAACCCCGACUUCCUGCGGCAGAUCCCCCUGCAGGACGUGGCCUUCCCCGACUUCAGGUGUGAGGAAGGCCAGGAGGAGGUGGGCUGCCUGCCCCGGCCGCAGUGCCCCCAGGAAUGUGCCUGUCUGGACACCGUGGUCCGAUGCAGCAACAAGCACCUCCAGGCCCUGCCCAAGGGCAUCCCCAAGAACGUCACCGAGCUCUACCUGGAUGGGAACCAGUUCACCCUGGUUCCAGGACAGCUGUCCACCUUCAAGUACCUGCAGCUCGUGGAUCUGAGUAACAACAAGAUCAGUUCCUUGAGCAACUCCUCCUUCACCAACAUGAGCCAGCUGACCACCUUGAUCCUCAGCUACAACGCGCUCCAGUGCAUCCCUGCGCUGGCCUUCCAGGGGCUGCGCUCCCUGCGCCUGCUGUCCCUGCAUGGCAAUGACAUCUCCACCCUCCAAGAGGGCAUCUUCGCCGACGUGACCUCCCUGUCUCACCUGGCUAUUGGUGCCAACCCCCUAUACUGUGACUGCCACCUCCGCUGGCUCUCUGGCUGGGUGAAGACGGGCUACAAGGAGCCGGGCAUUGCUCGCUGCGCUGGACCCCCGGACAUGGAGGGCAAACUGCUCCUCACCACGCCUGCCAAAAAGUUUGACUGCCAAGGUCCCCCCACCCUGGCUGUCCAGGCCAAGUGUGACCCCUGCUUGUCCAGUCCAUGUCAGAACCAGGGCACCUGUUCUAAUGACCCUUCGGAGGGGUACAGGUGUGCCUGCCCCAGCGGCUACAAGGGCCGGGACUGUGCGGUGUCCCUGGAUAGCUGUGCGAGUGGCCCCUGCGAGAAUGGGGCGACCUGCCACUCUCAGGACGGCGAGGGCGCAGCCUUCACGUGCUCCUGCCCCACUGGCUUUGAAGGGCCCACCUGCGGGGUGAACACGGAUGACUGUGUGGAGCACACAUGUGCCAACGGGGGCACCUGUGUGGACGGUGUGGGCAACUACACCUGCCAGUGCCCCCAGCAGUAUGCGGGACGGGCCUGCGAGCAGCUGGUGGACUUCUGCUCCGCAGCUCUGAACCCAUGUCAGCAUGAGGCCCGGUGUGUGGGCACCCCAGACGGGCCCCGGUGUGAGUGUGCCCCUGGCUAUGCAGGGGACAACUGCAGCGAGAACCAGGAUGACUGUCGGGGCCACCGCUGCCAGAACGGGGCCCGGUGUUUGGACCAAGUCAACGGCUACUCGUGCCUCUGUGCCGAGGGUUACAGUGGGCAGUUCUGUGAGACCCCUCCAGGCCCGCCUGCCCCCAAGAGCCCGUGCGAGGGGACCGAGUGCCAGAACGGGGCCCGCUGCGUGGUGCAGGGCAGCCGGCCCGUGUGCCAGUGUCUCCCAGGCUUUGGGGGGCCUGAGUGCGAGAAGUUGCUCAGUGUCAACUUUGUGGAUCGGGACACGUACCUGCAGUUCACGGACCUGCAGAACUGGCCACGGGCCAACAUCACGCUGCAGGUGUCCACGGCCGAGGACAACGGGAUCCUGCUGUACAACGGGGACAGCGACCACAUGGCGGUGGAGCUGUACCAGGGCCAUGUGCGCGUCAGCUACGACCCGGGCAGCUACCCCAGCUCUGCCAUCUACAGUACCGAGACCAUCAAUGACGGGCAGUUCCACACCGUCGAGCUGGUCACCUUCGACCAGAUGGUGAACCUGUCCAUCGACGGCGGCAGCCCGCUGACCAUGGACAACUCCGGCAAACACUACACGCUCAACAGCGAGACGCCCCUCUAUGUGGGAGGGAUGCCUGUGGACGUAAACUCGGCCGCCUUCCGCCUGUGGCAAAUCCUCAACGGCAGCAGCUUCCACGGCUGCAUCCGCAACCUGUACAUCAACAAUGAGCUGCAGGACUUCACCAAGACGCGCAUGAAGCCGGGCGUGGUGCCGGGCUGCGAGCCCUGCCGGAAGCUGUACUGCCUGCACGGCAUCUGCCAGCCCAACGCCACCCCCGGGCCCGUGUGCCACUGCGAGGCUGGCUGGGGGGGCCCGCACUGCGACCAGCCUGCCGCCGGGCCCUGCCACGGCCACAAGUGUGUCCACGGGAAGUGCGUGCCCCUCGACGCCCUUUCCUACAGCUGCCAGUGCCAGGAUGGGUACUCGGGUGCCCUGUGCAACCAGGCCGGGGCCCGCGCCGACCCGUGUGGGGGGCUGCAGUGCCUGCACGGCCACUGCCAGGCCUCAGCCACCCAGGGGCCACACUGUGUGUGUGAUCCCGGCUUUGCGGGCGAGCGGUGCGAGCAAGAGUCCGCGUGCCGGGGGGACCCCGUCCGGGACUUUCACCAGGUGCAGAGGGGCUAUGCCGUCUGCCGGACCACGCGGCCGCUGUCGUGGGUGCAGUGCCGGGGCGGGUGCCCGGGCCACGGCUGCUGCCAGGGGCUGCGGCAGAAGCGCAGGAAGUUGACCUUUGAGUGCAGCGACGGGACCUCCUUUGCGGCCGAGGUGGAGAAGCCCACCAGGUGCGGCUGCGCCCCCUGCGCCUAGGGCGGCCCCGCGGGGCGGGCCGGGGGUGCGGGCCAUCCCCGGGCCAGCUCCUGGGCGCCCGCCCUCCUGCCUCUCCGGAAGUGCCUUGCACAAACAGGCGCUUAAUAAAUGUUUCUUGGAUGAAUGUGUGCGUGAGGUCAGGCCGAGGGGUGCGGGGCCGUGGCCCCCUGCCGUGCCCGCGGCCUGCUUCGAAGAUGACAACUGGGCCCUGUGUUUUCUUCCUGCGGGAUUAGUGGCCUCUGUGGGGCACGAGACCAAGGCCCUGGCUCUCUCCCUGCUGCCUUGGUUUCCCCAGCUGUCUAUGGGGACUUCCAAGGCCAAGUCGUGGAGGUGCAGGGCCGCUGCCUGUCUCCCUAGGAAACACGCCCCGCCCCCUGCCCUUGACCCCAGGCUGACGGCAUCACAGCCCAUGCUCGCCACCUUACCACCAUCUGAAUCCUGGAGUUCUGAGAUGUCCAUUGUUGCUUCAAGGAAAGGGAUCCGUGGGGGGAUGGAGAGGGGGAGGCGCAGAAACGGUCAUCGGGGCUGCUGGGGGUGGGAGAAGCCCACCGAGAACACAGGGGGCUUGACUCCAGCAGACUGAACUUCAGCACCCAACUCCAGCUACAAGCUGCUGGGGGACGUUUGGCCCAGGGACCAGCUGGAGGAGACACACGUCCGGCAGCCCGAGUAUGGAGACUGACCUCCAGGGUGCGCCCACUGCCCGCCGGACCACAGCCACUAUGGCCACCUGCCUCACCCACUCUUGCCUCAGUUUCCUCGGCAGUCUGUGGGUACCUGGGGGGGGGGGCUGGAUGAGUAAUAUAGGCCCUCCCGAGGGGGUCCCGGGAUUCCAGAGGGGCAGAUGACCCAUGGUCAUUCAAGUGUUUAUGAGCGCGGGUGGUGCCGAGUGAGGCCAACUCAUCUGCCCGCCUGGAUCUGGCGUCACUGGAGUGGCAAAGGGCGGAGCUAUGCGGGGUGCUCAGUGCUCUGCGCCUUCAAAGCACCCGGGGUUUGCAGAGUUCCUACACAGGAGAGGACGCCAAUGCAGCAGACGGGAGCCCUAGAAAGGUGGCCUUGGCGCUCCAGCUAGAAGCCAGGCCCCUGCCCCAGUCUCUAGUGCCCCUGGCAUGUUCCUCUCCACUUCCAUCUUCCAUCUGCAGAGGUGAGGUGGGGGGGGGGAGAGUACACAGGGGUGCGUAGGCCCCAGCAUUCACAGCCAGCGUGGGUCCUGGGGUGACCCCUGAGCCAAUCAGGGCCUGGGCCCUUGCACUAGGAGAGCCCAGCCAGGACAGCGGACCCAGGCUGCGAAUUUGAGCUGUUUUGGGGCAAGGAGGCAGCUGCCCGCAUGGUGGCCUGGACCUCUUCCUCUUAUUUUGGGGUCACUCUGGUGGUGCUUGGGGAUUGAAUCUGGGCCUCCACGGUGCAAAACGUAUGUUCCCUUGAGCCCCUUGGCCUGGUUCCUGACUCCUUAUACUCUGUACGAGCAAGAUCACAGCCUCCUCCGUGUUGGCAGCAGCCUGGCGUCUCAGGGCUUCUCUUAGGGCUACACAGUGUACUCUGCCUCUCACCGAGUUCCUGGGACCCUCGAGAGCAGAGCGGGCAACUUAACCCCUCCACAGAAGAGCUGUGUUCCAGGAGCCACUGCCCUGAGCCACACACUCCAGCGCCGUCCCUGCACUGCCCAGAAAAGCCUCACAACCGCCCCCUGGGCCUUUGGGUCCCCAGCUGGGGUCUCCUCACCGCAGGUGAGGUUAUGGUUGCCGGGAGUCUGCGCCCGGGCCCAGGGAGUGGGUGAGCCGAGCUCUCCCUGCACUCCUGCCCCUCCUUCCCGCCCCGGAGACGAAGCUGGGGAUUUGCCUCAAGGGUGAGGACAAGGGGCUGAAUUCACCCUGUGCCCGGGCCCUGCUUCCCUUCCACCUGGCUGCCAGCCUGCAAGUUGCAAAGGACUGGAUCACCCCUCCGCUCGCCUGUUCCCGGGGUGGGGCCCCACAUCCCAGGAGAGCGCCACCCCGAGGGACCUCUCGGAUCACCUCCAUGCCUCACCGCCCCCCGGGCCAACACCUUCCUUCCACUUCGUCAUCGUCACCAUUGGCUAGUUCCAUGAGCCUCACACCAGUUCCCGGCUCCCCAGGAAGGCGUCAUGGACGGGAAGAGGCCGGGCCUGGUCUCCCCUCCGCCUGCUGUUAGCCUAACCACGAAAGUAUCUCUUUAUACAGAAUACGUAACAGAUUCUAAUAUAUAUUUGUAUUUCAUUUUGUUAUAGUAUUUUUAUAUGUUAAAGUCAAUACCAGUGU